AGAGGGUGACUCCACACAAAGUCCGAAAGGUCGGUCCUGCCAUUUCACAGCAGCCGCCACAAAUAUAGGGGCUGUGAGUCGUGGACUGAGAAUUUGUUGUCUCUCAUAUCAACAUCUAAUGGAGACCCGAACAUGGCUGUUUCUGACAACGCUGUCGCUGCUAGCAGUGACGUCACACCAGGACCGCCCUACGUCACGCCCUGACGUGUCCGGCCUGGACCGAGCCAACAUGACGUUUGUGGAGUACUGGACGCGACUGCGGCAGUGCGAGACUAACCUGGUCCAGUCCAUGUGUCAGAACCCCGGCACCACUGUCCAGCAGUGCAGUUCAGGACACAUCGCUGCGGACUUCAGCCAGUGUGUGCGCUCUCUCCUGUUCGACUGGAACUGUAACAACUCCUGUGACCCAGCGGAGGUUAACGUGCUGGUGGAACAGACCAUGGCGCAGAGCUUCGUGUUUAACGACUCUGAUAACUGCGCCGGGUAUGGGGGAGACUUUGUUCAGCGGGAUCCGCCGGAGUUCUUGGCGGGUUGUUCUGCCGACUUCCCCGCACAGGUUACCGCCUACUGCUACACUCCCUUCCUGGACAAAUGGCAGGAUAAUCCUGCCGACCCAACCUUAUGUAGGCAGUACGCGUACACGAAGGAAUGCUGGCACCAGCUGACCUCCACCCUCUGUAACUAUGACGACCCUGUGAUUGACUGGCUAGAUCCACAGUGGGACGACUUCAACCCCUUCAUGGAACACUGUCCAUGUGACGCAGCACCUCAGACGGACGUCUCAGAGCGCCCUGCUAUAGAAGUCAUACCAGUGUUUGACGUGGGCAGCUGUAACUACGUGGAGUGGCUGGAGACGUACCGCCUGUGUGAGGACAAGCUGGUCUCGUCGAUGUGCCACAAUCCGGACACUACUCUGCAGCAGUGCGCGACCGGAGAGAUCAGCAGUACCUUCACGACCUGUGCCCGCCAGUCCUUCCACACCUGCUUCUCCGGCACGGGCGUACCUGAGGAACAGGUGCAGCAACAGGUGGACGCCAGGAUGAGCGACCCCAUGCUAUCGAACACCACGUGGUUCUGCCAGCUCUACGGCCUUGAUUUUGCCCUGCCGUGGGAGAUAUACGGGCCCAGGUGCAACUUCAAGUUCACGGAGAGGAACACUGCCUGCCUGCAGCCGCUGCUGGACAUAUGGAGGGAAAAUCCGGCUGACCCUCGAAUCUGCAGGGAUUUCCGCAUAAUGAAGGAUUGUUGGCACAGGAACAUCAACCAGAACUGCCUGCUGGACGUGGGCCUGAAGGCCAUCACAGACUGGUUUGACAGCCAGUUUGACGACUACAACCCAUUUGUGCAGUGUCCAUGUGUGCUGGAUACUUCACCUGCUGUUAUGGUUCAAGGGACGACUUGCGCUGUGCUCAUAGCGGCUUUACUCAUGUUGAUAAUAACCAUAUAAAUAUCAAAUAAACUUGAUAUUGAUGUGAGGAAUAAAAAUAUGUGUCAAUUAAAAUGCAGAAUCCAUGUUUUUGUCGGAAACACAUAGAACACAGAGAUACAAAGAGAAUGACAACAAUGCUAUUGCACACCAUCAUCUGUUGAACAUUGACAUAUACACACGAGUUGUACUUACAUGUGUAAUCAAAUACACAGUUAUACAUACAGUCAACAUAUGCCAGUAUUCCAUUUUAUGUGCUUAAUAUACACAACUCACUGGAAGGCCUGUUUCUAAAGUCAAACAUAUCCCAUUGGAUAGGGCUUGUUGACCUGUGACCAUCGACUGAUCUUUAAAAAUCUCUCAGUGAUCGAGACUGAGCUGAACUUCGUACAAUACAUCCAUGACUGUCCUACAAAUGUCAUGUAAUACACAUUUCAUAUGGCAAAUGUGACCGUGCUGGUGUAAUAGUGGUACAUUGUACUUUGGUUGGAAAGCAUUCAAACUCUUUACUUGUACGGUGACUACAACAUGUAUUGUAUGUGUAAUCUGAACUUCAGCUCCAAUUCACAAAGAAUGCAUCAAUAUACA